AUAACUUUGGAGUUUUCUGAAACGUCUUGUAUGAUAAACAAUUAUCGAACCAAAACAUUAGUGAAAAACUAUUAAAUUCACGAUAGAAUCGUAUCAUGUUAUUAUAAGGAACUACUGCGUUGACAUUAAAUGACAAAGUAUACUAUGCCGUAAAAAAUGUGCCAAUUUUGAAGUGACAAUUAAUUCAACAAAUAAUGGAGUACCACAUAGAUGAUUUGCCCGACGAAAUUUUAGAAUAUAUUCUCAAUCUCAUUCCACCAUACAGAAGUUUGAAGGAAUGUAUGGUUGUCUCUAAACGAUGGUCAUUGGCGGUGAAACGGGUGAUGGAGCAUAAAGAGUCGUACUUUCACAGGUCAGUGGCCUUCGGCUCCUUAGAAUGGAAUACCAACUUCUCAGAUUCAGAACCCCCAGCGAUAAUCAGUGAACGUUUCUCCCAUUCAGCCUGCACUUAUCAAAAUUCGAUGUAUGUGUUUGGUGGAUGCACGAAAACAAGCACAACCUUCAAUGAUCUUUGGAAGCUGGAUUUAGACACCAGAAAAUGGGAUCGACCCCUCGCAAGGGGUAACUACCCCUCCCCAAAAGCCUGUGCCUCAAUGGUGUACUAUAAUCACAGUUUCAUCCUCUUUGGUGGCUGGUCUCAUCCCUCAGCCUAUCCACCUUAUCAAAGACGGAGAUUAUUCGACGAACUCCAUGUUUAUUGCUUGAAAACAAACAGAUGGUCUGUAAUUGAUACAUUAGACGGACCUCCUCCAACCUCCGCUCACUCUGCAUCUAUCCAUGGAAACAUAAUGGUCGUAAUUGGAGGCAUCAGCAACGACUACAAUAGCUCGAACGAUAUUUGGUGUCUUAAUCUGGAUCAUUACUACUGGUACAAACCAGUUAUAUCUGAUUUGAAACCCCCUCCCAGGUAUGGACAUUCCCAAAUCCAUUUAGGGGAUAAGCAUAUUGUGAUCUUCGGAGGCUGCACAGGUCCCAGUGCAGCCAUGAAUGACGUCUGGUUGUUGACAAUGGAGGAACCUACGUGGACAUGGAGGCAGGUCAACAUGCAAGGCUCCAACUGGGCACCUGCAAAAAUUUGGUGUCAUCAAGCUUGUAAAGUUGGAAAUCAUGUGGUUGUUUUGAAUGGUAAUAAACAAUCGACCAAGCAAGGUGUUGUAGUAUCUAAGGAAGUAAAUAAAUCACAAUUGUUACAACCUCCCAGGAGACGUCAGACUGUUGAACAGAAAGAGCACAUAGAUGAACAUAUCAAUGAGAGACAUGGCAAACUGAUGGGUCGAAAAAUGCAUGUGAGAAGUUCUUCACCGAAUAGUUCAAUCUAUCCUGGCGCUCAACCUCUUGAAUUGAAGUCUUUCGCACCAGUGGGAGUGCCUGAUGUUGAGGAGAGACGUCGUCAGGCAAAUCGUGUGAGGCAGUUAGAGUCACUGAGACGAAUGCAGGAGAGAAUUCAGAAUCAGAGAAUUCAGCAGAGACUUGUGAGGAGGAAACCUGAUAGAUUGGGAAUUUUUGUGCUUGACAUUGCACAAAUUUUGGAAGAAUGCGCGGCAACAUGGAUUUAUCAUAGUCAGAAUGAGUAUAAUGGUCCUGAGGGACGAAUCCUAUACUCGUUGGUCCUGGGGCAGAGCGAGUUAAUUGUCUUUGGAGGAAUUCGGAAGGUUGUUACUACGAUACAGGGAGAGACUGAUGAGGAUGUUUCAGAGGUUUAUAACGAUAUUCAUUUCAUAAGACCACCGCGGUAUGUUCUCUAGGUACCACAAUAUUUACAAAAAAAUCAUGUACAUUGGAUAUCAAGGAUUUAUCAGUGAAGGAUGAAUAAAUUCGAGAUAUAUACAUUCGUUUA